UCCAUUUCGCAUUUUUUCGACGAUCGAUCAACCGAUCGAGACGAGAACGAUGUUGUCCAAGGCACGCGUGCUGCUCAACCGAUCUGUGGCCAAGCACUUGGCCUCCCAAUUCCGCUCGGUACACAUUUCCGAGGCGAACGUUCUGCCUACGGAGGUGAAUCGAGAGUCGCCAGAAUUCAAGGAAAACCAUGGCCAGAUGAACGAUCUGGUGCAGAACUUGAAGCGCAUCACGGAGGAUGUGCUUUCGGGUGGCGGAUCGGAGGCGAUCAACCGGCACACCUCCAAGGGCAAGCUGUUGGCACGAGAUCGCAUCAAUCGUCUCGUCGACCCGGGCUCACCGUUUCUCGAACUGUCGGCACUGGCCGCACACGGAAUGUACGGCAAGGACGUGGUCAACUCGGCCGGCAUCGUGACCGGAGUUGGACGCGUACAGGGCGUGGACUGUGUGAUCGUAGCGAACGAUGCGACGGUUAAAGGGGGCACCUAUUACCCGGUGACGGUGAAGAAACAUCUGCGCGCCCAAGAGGUGGCCCAGGAAAACAAUCUGCCCUGCAUCUAUCUGGUCGAUUCGGGCGGUGCCAAUUUGCCGCGGCAAGCGGAAGUGUUUCCGGACAAGAUGCACUUUGGGCGAAUUUUCUACAACCAAGCCAACAUGUCGGCACGGGGCAUCCCGCAGAUUGCGGUCGUUAUGGGCAGCUGUACGGCCGGCGGCGCAUACGUGCCGGCCAUGGCCGACGAAAGCAUCAUUGUGAAAGGGCAGGGAACAAUCUUCCUGGCCGGUCCACCGUUGGUGAAGGCCGCUACCGGCGAGGUGGUGUCGGCCGAGGACCUCGGUGGGGCCGAUCUUCACUGUCGCACGUCGGGCGUUACCGACCACUACGCGGUGGACGACGAGCACGCGCUUCAUCUGGCACGGCAGGUCGUGAAGAAUCUGAAUCGCCCCGGCGCGGCUGAGUACGACGAGCUGGCCAGCAGCAGCACGGCCACGAUGAUGGCUCACGAUGGGCUGACGUUCGGAAGCGCCCCAGAAUCGCCACGCUAUCCGGCCACCGAUCUGUACGGUAUCGUUGGGUCGAACCUCACGAAAAGUUUCGAUGUGCGCGAAGUGAUUGCCCGCAUCGUUGACGGGAGCCGAUUUACAGAGUUUAAAAAGUUCUACGGUGAAACGAUCGUGUGCGGAUACGCGCGGCUGUACGGGCAACUCGUCGGGAUUGUCGGCAACAAUGGAGUCCUGUUUUCGGAGAGUGCCCUCAAGGGGGCUCACUUCAUUCAGCUGUGUGCCCAAAAGCGCAUUCCGCUGCUGUUCCUCCAGAACAUCACCGGCUUCAUGGUGGGCCGGGAAGCCGAAGCCGGUGGUAUUGCCAAGAAUGGAGCCAAAAUGGUGACGGCGGUGGCGUGCGCCAACGUGCCGAAGCUAACGCUCAUCAUUGGCGGCUCGUACGGGGCCGGAAACUAUGGCAUGUGCGGCCGAGCGUAUUCGCCCCGCUUCCUGUACAUGUGGCCCAACAGUCGCAUUUCGGUGAUGGGUGGCUCGCAGGCGGCCGGUGUGCUGGCGCAAAUUACCGAGGAGCAGUACCGCCGUACCGGGCGCGAAUGGACCGAGGAGAUCGGCAACCGCAUCAAGGAACCGAUCGUGCAGCAGUUCGAGGCGGAGGGCUCACCGUACUACAGCACGGCUCGGCUGUGGGACGAUGGCAUUAUCGAUCCGGUAGACACGCGCCGUGUGCUCGGGUUGAGCUUACAGGCCGCACUCAACCAACUGAUCGGCGAAACCCGGUUCGGUGUCUUCCGAAUGUAGAAAGCUAAAGUGAGAUGCCAUAUUCGAUCUGACCGCUAAGGAUCACCAGCGAAAACCAGAGGGUUGCAUUUAUCUAGCGAUUAAGCACAGCGGAUUCGACUCCUAAUUCGAAGCAAUACAGGUCACGGAAUGCGGGUGGCGACGGUGAUGACUACGGAUUUCCUCCCAGAGAUACACUGCAUUUAAUGCAUUCCAUGCGACGUUUAACGAUCGGCAUCUAUCCUCUAUAGAAUAUUUUUCUAGAAAAGCAUUUACUAAGGUUGUCUCGUUUCAAAAUAACGUUGCCAAUAAAAUUUUAAAACAUGUC